AUGUAAGAAGCAUAUGUACUUCAUGAUCAGUAUAGGAAUCAAUCAAUGUACAAUUACAUCAGUGGAUCAUCUCGUCCUCUUUAUUUCAAGCGACCACUUGUACCGACAAUGACAGAUACUCCUUUAAAAUUGAGUCAACCUCCAGUUUAAUAAGUAAAGGAAUAAGUUCUUCCUGCCAAGGUGACAAUAGAGAGAGUUAAGGACGUCGAGAUUUAAACUGAUUACAGAGAUGCCGAAGCUUAAACUGCUCCGUAUACACCUGCUCAUGACCAAAGUGAUGAUUAAACAAUAGAAAUUUUGGCUUUGCAGCAUUUAAAAUGGGACAAGGGCUUGCCUGCGUCAAUAGAGGAAUUGGAGUCAAUAGAAUGGAAUAGAGAAAAAGUGUGGUUCGAAAAUUCGCUUCCUCCGAUCUCAGAUGAAGCCUCAUUCAAAUUAAGAAGAGCAUUAAUGAAAUCUUAAGAGGAGAGGGAGUGGAAGAAGAAGGAGACAGACAUCAAGAUUACUUAAAACGAGAGAUUGUAUUUGCUCUAAGAAGCAUUAAAGGAGAGGGAGAAGGAUGUGGAGGAGAAGAACGCUUAGAGGAUCGAGAGCAUUAAGAUAAAGAAGACGGAACUAAAGAAUAGGAUGGUGGCUAAGAUUUAAAAGAGGAAAAUAAAGAUAUUGAGAAAGAUGCAAAAGAGUAGAAAAGAAAUAGAUAAUGAGGAUAAGGGCAGGGAGAUAAUUGAGGAUUAUGCUAAUUUUGCAUCUAAAGUUUAUGCAGGGAUUACUAGAGAAGGAUUGAGUUUGGACAAGAUUGCGAGCAAGUAUGAAGUUUAGCCAGUUGCUCUUAAUACUUAUAAGGGGCUAACUGAAUUGUCCACUACAAUUAAGCCAUCCAUUUUAGAAACAACUGUAAAUGUGGCUUAAUUUAUUAAAACCAUAGAGAAGGAUUACACUAGAUUGGAGAUACAACAUAAAAUUGAGGUAAACAAAGCAAGGAAUCAAAUUUUUGGAACAAAUAAGCAGGAUCAAUCUAAUGAGAAUUAAGCAGAUCACAUUGGAAAUAAGAAUAUUAUAAUAAGGCCAGCUACACCCACAUAUAAUUAGGAGUUUGAGAAUGGAGAUAUAAAGAGACAAGAGAUGAAGUUUGAGAAUUAUGAGUAAUUUAAAGAGGAAGCAAUUAAAAGACAGGGGGAGGAUAGAAGAAAUUCAGCAGUGGUCUUGCUACAAAGACUAUUUAGAGGAAGAGCGAUGUAAAAUAUAAUGUACGAAGGAAAAGAGAAGAGAACUGCUUUGAUUGAAGAACUUUUGACUGUGGCUAAAAUUCCAGAUUUACCAGAGGCUGAGCAGGAGGAGAUUUUGAUGCAACAACAUGAAGAAAAAGUGAAGAAUGCAGCUUUGGAAGCUAUUCAAGGAGAGGUGAUUGCUGAGACUUUAGAUAUGCUAAGCAAGGAAUUACUGAGAAUAAAACAAUAGAAGAAGAUAGCUUAGAUGAUGAAAUCUGCAGAGGAGGAUAGGAGAUUAAGAGAGAUUUAAGAGGCAGGAACGAGAUAAGCUGAAUAGAUUCUAAGAGACAGGGAGGAUGUCCAAUAUAAUCAAAUCAUGAGAGUUCAUUAAGGGACAGUCGACACUUAUUUACAUUGGAUUUUCAAGAAUACUAUAGAGCAAGCUGCCACAAGACAGGCUACAAUAAUGACUAAUUUGAGGAAAUCAAAGAUGAAUGCACCAGUGGAGCAUUUUGAAAGAAAGUAUAAUAGUGAUGAGACUAUCAUAAAAGACCUGGUAUAACAAUUCUUAAUCCCUAAUGUAUAGAGGUCUAAGUUGCAAAAAUAAAUUUAAAUUGAGGAAAGGAGAUUUAAUGAGGCUGCCAAAAAAUCCAUUUAAGCAACAUUAUCUUCAGCUGCACAAGAACUUAAUCAAAGAUGAUGAUAAUAAUAAAUAAUAUAAUGUAAUUUUAAUGGAUAUA